AUGCCAAAGGCAACGACCCCCAAUGCGGCGGAUCGCCGACGCCACAACCCCCUAGAAGCAGACAUUCUAGGAGGCACAGGCACUCUGCGAAACAAGGCGCCGAAGCGCAAGUCUCGUUCAAAGGAAGAAGCUGAGGAGAACUUCGUCGACUCAAAAGCGUCAAGAAAGAUUUUGAGGAUAGGGCGGGAGCUCAUUGAGGAGGAUCGCCUAGAAAACCCCGUCACCGAGCCAGCACCGAGCGCCUUUGACUCGAGAUUUGAUUUUGAAGACGAGGAGCACGAGGUGUUUGAUGAUGACAACGACGAGGCAUGGGGCGAUGAAGACGAUGUUGUGGAGGAGAUUGAGAUUGCCCCAGAUGAUCUGGACACAUUCAACAAGUUCCUGCCGAACCCGAGCGACGAGGACGACCUGCUAAAACAUGGCUGGGACGGCCCGUCUGGUGAAGAGGAGCCAUCGGGAGGUGCUGGCGGCGCAAAUCUGGCAGACAUCAUUCUAGCGAAAAUUGCUGCAUUUGAGUCCUCGUCAGGACCCAGACGAGACGUUCAGGCGCCGGACGAGUACAUUGAGGAGGAACUACCGCCUAAGGUCAUCGAGGUCUACGAGAAGGUCGGCAUGAUACUGAGCCGCUGGAGGUCCGGGCCUCUUCCGAAACCCAUCAAAAUUCUUCCGAGCAUUCCCAAUUGGGAGAGGAUACUCGAGGUCACGAAACCUGAGGAGUGGACGCCAAAUGCUUGCUAUGCGCUAACACGAAUUUUCGUAUCUUCCAAGGCCGGAGUUAUUCAAAGAUUCCUCGAGAUGGUGAUCUUGGAUCGCGUGAGGGACGAUAUUUACGAGACAAAGAAACUGAACGUGCAUCUGUACAAUUCACUGAAGAAGUCACUGUACAAGCCCGCUGCGUUUUUCAAGGGCUUUCUAUUUCCUUUAGUUGGGUCGGGUACCUGCACGUUGCGCGAAGCACAUAUCAUAUCCUCUGUGCUGGCUCGUGUUUCUAUCCCUGUGCUGCAUUCGGCUGCAGGCCUGAAGGGACUCUGCGACAUCGCGGCCCAACAAGCAUCCCUGGGCACGGAAGGCGGCGGCGCCUGCAAUGUCUUCAUCAAGACGCUCCUCGACAAACGAUACGCAUUGCCAUUCCAGGUUGUUGAUUCGCUGGUCUUCCACUUCCUCAGAUUCCGAGCCAUGGACCCGGCAUCAAUAAAGGAUGAGGAUGCUAUGGCAGGCUUAUCAGAGGGUGCGAUGGCUCACAGGCUGCCGGUCAUAUGGCAUCAGUGUCUUCUAAGCUUUGCCUCGAGGUAUAGAAACGAUAUUACAGAGGACCAACGAGAGGCACUGCUGGAUCUACUCUUGACGCAUGGUCAUUCGGCAAUUGGCCCGGAGAUUAGGCGCGAGUUGCUUGCUGGACGUGGCAGAGGUGUUCCCUUAGAGCCACCCGCUGCUACGUUUGACGGAGAUGAUACAAUGCAGGUUGACUCCUGA